UCCCAUCAUUUCGCGAAUUGAUUAGAUAAGCCCGAAAUCCUUCCACGCGAUAUUGGGGGUGCCAAGCCUCGACUCAGGCCGCGCCAGCAGCUCCACCACGUCCACUCCUGUCGGAACAGCCAAGCCAAGCCUUGAACGCUUUGGGCGAGGCAGAGGCCCUUUGCCAAUUCCCUUCAUUUCCGCUCCUCGCGACGCCCCAGCACCGCCAUCACCCACUCGCCGUGUGUGCAGAGACAACAGACGGCGGCCAGCUGCCAGUCACUCCGUCUCGCUCCCACUGCCCCCCCUCAAGCUGGUUGGAGCGACGUAGCUUGUUUGACGAUUCGAUUCGACCACGAAACGACGAUUGCGACGCCCGACAGGCCAUCAUCACAUCAGGCCGCGAUGCCCUCAUACGUCGACCCGACACCCAUCUACAACGACAGCGACGCCGAUAUCCUCAAGCUGGAGGCCGACUACGAGUAUCCCAACCCCAAGGCCAACGGGGCUCACCCGGCCCAUCGCAUCCCACCGGCGGCCAUCAAUGAGCCCUUUGACGAGGCGUCCAACUCGUCCAUACACGACUCUGACGCUUCAGGCUCUGCAUUGGACACUGCACCGAUGACUGCAGCGUCGACCACAACCAACACAAAUGGCAAUAUCACGCGGGCCACGAGCAUGAACUCUCUUCCUAACGGCAAGAGUGGAAGGAAUGACGAACCCGCCCUGCCAGAUCGGUCGCGUUUGCCCAACGGUGUCGUCGAUGGCAGCCAUGCCGAGAAACCAAGACGGAGCACAGAGCAGCAGAACAAGCCCAGCCUCCCCACAAUACCAUCAGAGGCCGGGUCAUCGUCGUCACAAACCAAGUCGUUCUUCCCCCCAAUAGCAUCGCCAGUGGGCGAGCCCACAGCACCGCCGCCACAAGGUUCACCGCACCGCCUUUCUUCUCCUCCAGUCUACCACGGCAGCUCUGUCAACAGCCCAUCAUCACCUUCACAUCUGCAACCGCCGCAUCCUGGUGCCGCGUUGAAGCAAAGACACACGCUUGAAGUGCCCAAAAUAUCCUCGGCAAGAGUAUCGAAAGAUGGCAUGGAUUCAGCACAGGCUAGUGGGCGCUUCUCCCCUACCGUCGGAACCAACGCUGGCAGCGGGAGGAGAGCUUCCCUGAGCUUGGCGAGGCGGACAACGCGGUCUAUGCAGUCCGACGCGCCGCGCGACGAGGUGGUCCCCGACGAGGAUGCUGCACGCUGGGCAGAGGCAUUGCGUCAGAAGCGGGCGAGCAAACGCAGGCGCAAGGAGGAAGAGGACGACGACAGGGUACUGGUCGGUACAAAGGUUGACGAGACGCACGCCAACUGGGUCACUGCGUAUAACAUGUUGACGGGAAUCCGGGUGGCCGUCUCCAGGACAAACGCCAAACUCGACCGGGAGCUGACCGACGCCGACUUUGAUGUCAAGCAGAAAUCGACGUUUGACGUGGCUGGGAACGAGCUGGUCCCCUCGGCCAAGUACGACUUCAAGUUCAAGGAUUACGCCCCUUGGGUCUUUCGCCAUCUACGGUCUCUGUUCCGCAUCGAUCCCGCCGAGUAUCUCAUGUCCUUGACGGGUAAGUACAUUCUCUCUGAGCUGGGCUCGCCGGGCAAGAGCGGCAGUUUCUUCUACUUUUCGAGGGACUACAAGUACAUCAUAAAGACGAUCCAUCACGCGGAGCACAAAUUCCUCCGUAAGAUCCUCAAGGACUACUACCAGCACGUCAGGGACAAUCCCAACACCCUUCUCUCGCAAUUCUACGGCCUGCACCGUGUCAAGGUGCCGUACGGCAAGAAGAUUCACUUUGUCGUCAUGAACAAUCUGUUUCCCCCUCACCGGGACAUACACACCACUUUCGACUUGAAAGGCUCGACAAUAGGCCGAGACUAUAGGGAGGAUGAUCUGGACAAGAACCCCCGGGCCACACUCAAGGAUCUCAACUGGCUCCGCCGUAAGAGACAGCUCGAGCUGGGAAUCCAGAAGAAGAGGAUGUUCCUGGAGCAGCUACAGAAAGACGUCAAGCUGUUGAAGAAGCUGAAAAUCAUGGACUAUUCACUCCUGGUGGGCAUUCACGAUUUGUCCCGGGGGAACGAAGAGAAUCUCCGGGACAAGACGUUGCAGGUGUUCAACCCAGGAGGCGAGAAGGACCGUGGGGAUGAGCCACCAUCUGUGCUCUUGAGGACACCGUCCAAGUUGGAGAAUGCGCGCAAGGCACGUGAAUUGAGGCAGAUGAUCCGGUCCGAGAGGCCCGUGCCGAUCGGUCAGGUGUUGGAAAAGGACCACCUCGAGGGGCAGGCCCGGCCCGGUUUCGUUUUCAACCAGGAUGACGGUGGUUUCCAGGCGACGCAUGAGGAUAACACCCCGGCGGAUGAGGUGUACUACCUGGGCGUCAUUGACUGUCUGACACACUACGGAAUGAUCAAAAAGAUUGAGCAUUUCUGGAAAGGUCUGACCAAUGACAAGACACAAAUCUCGGCGCUCCCGCCUGAUCUAUACGGCGACCGAUUCUACAACUUCAUCGAGGGCAACACCAUGUCCACGGAGGAGGCGCAUAGGGAAGCGCAAAGGAGAGACGCGGAGAUGGUUCAAGCAUCGCGUACGUCACAGUCAAAGAGGCACAACACCAUCCCACCCAUGCCCGAGCACCUACCACCGGCACCACCACCCGAUAGGACGAUGUCGCCUGAAGGCCGAGAAGUCGUCGAGAUGGCAUCCGUGCAAGCUCAUCGCACCGAACAGGCAGGCGCAUCGGAGAGGCAUGUGCCUGAGCGCACACUGAGGACGUCUGUGCCCGGCCAGCGCGACUCACAGCAAGCUGAGGCCAUCCUGCCUGUGGUACAAGAGGCCGGGGACGACGACAUGCGACCGAGGACCCCGGCCAAAGACAAGAUGCUGCCCCCUACUCGCGCCCCGCCGCCGACACCGCCCAAGGCGAACAACGCCAGCAAGGCCGAGAGCUCAGACAGCGGCUACGGAGGGCAGCCCAGGCUCAGUAAGGAGAGUCUUCGUAACAAGACCCUUCCGCCUUUGCCAACCGAGUCAGGGCGCACGACGGCAUAGUUAGCCUGGUUGUCAUACCCCUGGGACUAUUACUUUCCUCGGUAAAUGUCGCGAAUGGAGGACGGAGACUCAUCAUACCUUUUUGUUUCACAUUUGGAUCUGACCCGCCUGU